CUCACACACAACACUUGGAAGAGCUUAGGGGACCACAGUCCAGCAGCAACAGAUAGCCAACCAACUGGGGGUGGGCUAGGAUCAGAGCUCCACCCAAGGUGAAAUGGCAAGCUUGCAGAGUUUGAUUUCCAAACAGCUGGUUGCGCCAAAUUGUACAGUUACCGCCAGGCUGAAUGGGGCUCCUCCAUCUGUUGUGAAUGCAAGCUCAAGCGAAGCAUCCUCCGAUGAGAAGAAGGUCACAAAAAGGAGAUUAGCGUUGCUUGGUGCUGGAGCAUUAUCCACUGCCCUACUGUGUAGCAGAUCCGCAUACGCUGAAGAGGUACCGAAGAACUACCGCUCUUACGUCGAUGCAAACGAUGGAUAUUCGUACCUCUACCCGUCUGAUUGGAGGGAUUUCGACUUCUUGGGCCAUGAUUCGGCGUUCAAAGAUCGUAAUGUGCAGCUGCAGUCUGUCCGUGUGGCCUUCAUUCCUACCACGAAAACAGACGUUCGUGACCUAGGUCCAAUGGACGAGGCGAUCUUCAAUCUUGUAAACAAUGUCUACGCUGCCCCGAAUCAAAUACCGGCGAUCUAUGACAUGCAAGAGCGUACGGUGGACGGCAGGAACUACUGGACAUUCGAGUACGAUCUGGAGGCACCGGGCUACGGCGUGUCGGCGUUUGCAACGGUCGCCAUCGGGAACGGGAGGUACUACACUCUGAUCGUGACGGCGAACGAGCGGCGGUGGAGCAGGCUGCGUAACAAGCUCAAAGUCGUCGCAGACUCCUUCAAAAUCUCAGAGUUGAAGGCAUGAUCAUGUGUGCUGUGUGGUAACACCAAUCGACCUGCCGGUGCCAGUGCAAGGCAAUCGCCGCUGGUCUAAAAAGAGAGGAGCCGAACCGGGCUAUUCAUACUUGCACGGAUAUAGUGGUAGAAAAUGUAUGUAUAAUACUAUCAUUCGUACACCAAUCUGUUUUCGUAAAA